UAUCAUCCCUGUGCAGUAGCAAAGUAGCAAGUUUCUUGUUGUUGAACAUAGUCGCCGCAAACUUUAUUGUUUUUUUCCACCGGACUCCCGGGAAAAAUGCUUGCAGACGCGGUGCAUAGAAUAGAGACUGGGGAGUUUGCUUCAGUUUGAGGUUAUGCUGAAAAAAGCUACGCUGUCGGUCGGAGUACAGUGUGUGAGAGAGGCAUUGAGCAAAGAGAGUGAGGAAGAGUUUGUCAACAAAUUUUCGUUGGGGUUGAGAAACACAGCGAGAUGAAUUUACCGCCGGCAGCAGCUGGUGCUCCACCUGCAUUGGGCGGUAUGGCCUUUCCCCCCGUAGUUCCUCAAUUCAACAUACCACCGCCUGGAUUUGGGGCUCCGCCACCCGCCGAACUGGCAGCAGCCUUUGGGUCGGCCCCACCUAACACGGAAUGGACAGAGCAUAAGGCACCUGAUGGUCGGCCAUAUUAUUAUAACAACAUAACAAAACAAAGUUCCUGGGAAAAACCAGAAGUACUUAUGUCGCCAGCUGAACGUUUGAAACAUCAAUGUCCCUGGAAGGAGUAUCGUUCGGAUGCAGGCAAGGUGUAUUACCACAAUGUUACCACCAAAGAAUCGCGUUGGGAGCCACCACCAGAAUUUUUGGAAAUGCAAGCUAAAGUGAAAGCUGAAGAGGCUGCUGCUGCUGCCAAAGCUGUUGCUGCCAUGACAUCCUCAAGCUUGGCCGGUAUUGUCCCCCCAGCUGCUUUGGCAAGUAUUUUGCCAGCCACCUUGCCAACUGUUUCCAAAAUUCACACACCGGAUAUACAUUCUCCCUUGACGCCUGGUAGCAAUGAGAACUCUUCCUCGGCGCUGGAUCAGGCUAUGGCUGCUACUCUGGCGUCAAUUGAGAUUCCUUCGUCCAACAAAGAAGAUAAAGAAAAUAAGAAAGAUACCUCCGAUGAAAGUCGUUUAGUGUUCAAGGAUAAAAAGGAGGCUAUAGAGGCCUUCAAGGAACUUUUAAAAGAUAGAAAUGUUCCCUCCAAUGCAAACUGGGACCAAUGUGUUAAAAUUAUUUCCAAAGAUCCACGGUAUAGCUCCUUUAAAAAUCUGAAUGAGAAAAAGCAAACCUUCAACGCCUACAAAACCCAAAAGCUUAAAGACGAAAAAGAGGAGGCUCGUUUGAAGGCCAAGAAGGCUAAAGAGGAUCUGGAAAAAUUCCUCAUGACUUGUGACAAAAUGAAUUCUACUCUAAGGUACUAUAAGUGUGAGGAACUUUUUGCUAACAAUAGAACUUGGACAUCGGUGCCUGAACAAGAUCGUCGUGACAUUUAUGAGGAUUGCAUUUUUAACUUGGCCAAGCGGGAGAAAGAAGAGGCUAGAAUGAUGAAAAAGAGAAACAUGAAAGUUCUGGGGGAGCUACUGGAAUCUAUGACAUCCAUAACAUAUUCGACAACAUGGGCGGAGGCUCAAGUAAUGCUAUUGGAAAAUUCUGCUUUCAAGAAUGACGUGAAUCUACUUGGUAUGGAUAAGGAAGACGCACUUAUUGUAUUCGAAGAACAUAUACGUACGUUAGAACGAGAAGAGGACGAAGAUAAGGAGAGGGAAAAGAAGCGACUUAAGAGGCAACAGCGCAAGAACAGGGACAAUUUCCUGACUCUCUUAGACUCUCUGCAUGAAGAAGGCAAACUUACGUCCAUGUCCCUUUGGGUGGAACUAUACCCCAUUAUAUCAGCCGAUAUAAGAUUCUCAGCAAUGCUGGGCCAAACUGGCUCAACACCAUUGGAUUUGUUUAAAUUCUAUGUAGAAGAUCUCAAAGCGAGGUAUCAUGAUGAAAAGAAAAUUAUACGCGAAAUUCUUAAGGAAAAACAAUUCACUGUUAAGGCUAGCACCACAUUCGAAGACUUUGCCACAGUGGUUUGUGAAGACAAACGUUCUGCUUCUUUGGAUGCUGGUAAUGUUAAACUCACCUACAACUCACUGCUUGAGAAAGCGGAAGCCAUUGAAAAGGAGCGGUUGAAAGAGGAAACGAAACGUCUGCGAAAAUUGGAAAAUGAGAUCAAGGCGGCCUGGUUAGAGGCCAAUGUUUCACCGCAUGAACCUUUCGAAUCUGCCCAAAAACUUGUGGAGCACUUGGAAGCCUAUGCCAUUUAUGAAAAAGAACUGGGAGUGCGUAAAAUUUGGGAUGAUUUCGUAAGAGAAAGUGAGGAUGCCUGCACCCAUCAUCAUUCACGUUCAAAGAAAUCUAAAAAGAACAAAAAGCACAAAAAACGUUUACGUUCCAGUUCGAGAUCGGAUAUUGAAAAUGAUCCAACGGAAAUUGAGAGACCACGUAAAAAGAAAUCCCGUUCAAGAUCUGUUUCAGUUAGUUCAAGUGUGAGCCUUGAUAGCAUAGAGCGUGUUUCGAAAAAGAAGAAAAAGAAGAAGAACAAAAAGUCUUCCAGAGAUUCGUCCUGUGAAUCAGAGAGAGGUCAUUCUCUUAAUGGUUCCCCUACCACACUGGCCAUCGAAGAACUUCUGGCCUCACAACCCAAAAAGAAGAAGAAGGAUAAAAAAAAUAAAAAGGAUAAGGAACGCAAGCAUCACCAUGAUAAACGCUCCGUUACCCCCCUAAGUCCCACGGCCAGUAAUCGAUCGCAAACAAGUUCACGCAAUGACGAACAGGCGCUUAGCGAGACCGAGCUUGAAUCAAAAAGAGCAGCGCUACUGGCACAACUGAAUGAGCAAAUGGAAGAAUAAUUAGAAUCUAGGAAUUAUUUUUAAUUAGUACGCUUUGAUAUGGUCAAAAUCUGCACACAGGUGUAUAUUUCCCAUAAAUAACAUCCAUGUAUCAUUGCCGAA